UAUUUUAUAUAAAUAUAUUUCACAGAUCGAUAGGAAACACCCUAUUUUAUGUGAGGGGAGAAAAAAAUCUGGUCCAUAUAUUUGUAAUCUUUCUCUUUUCCUUUUAAUCUCAGCACUGAACCCAUACUAGUUUUGGUUUUGGUUUUGAUUGUUUGUUACAUAUAUAUCUGUAUCUCUGGACUUGUUGAAUCUUUUUUCUGUUCUUACUGGACGGGUGAAGAGAGUUUUAUUUCUGCGUUUCUAGGAGGAUCUGUCUUCAAAAAAGGGCAGGCAAGCGGUGGAUUUAUGUCGUCUGGAUUUAUUCUGGCAGUGAUUGGGGCUCCGUUGAAGCUCUCUAUAAUUUGUGUUUCUUUUUCUCUCUUUUCGAUUCUAUCUGAGAUUGUGUUCUCUGUGUUUGCCUCUUCCUCUUGGUGUAUGCGACACUGCAUACUCAGUGAUAAUAGCCUGAAGCCACCUGUUUCAAUGCGAUUGAGGUCAAAAAGGACUUGUUGCGGAGUGGAGUGUUACGGCGGCUUUCAUAUACAGAGAUUUUCUUGUCUUUUCAUAUUCUUAAGAGGGGAUUUAACUUGAGACCUUCAGAGUUUUGAUUACCUUCUUCUGCUGGCUCUUCCUUUGAUUUUCUUCUUACUUUCCUUCAUUUCUCGGUUCUCUCUUACGAAUUCUGAGGGUUUUUAGAGGGUUUUUCCUCAAAUUUUUUUUCCACCAUGCCCGAUUCUCGGAAACAACUGGCUUCUAAACCGAAGCAGAGGCCUCACCACUCCGUGCAAGAGUCCAAAGCAACGAGAAAACUGCGUAUAAUUUACAACGAUCCUGAUGCCACUGAUUCAUCCGAUGAUGAGUCAGAGGUGAUUCAGAGAUCGAAAAAAGCAAAGAGAAGCUUUUGUGAGAUCCCUCUCCCACCUCUUCCUGAGGCUUUCACCUCUCCUGAAACCAAUUCCUUCGAGGUGAAUAGCAACAGCAAUGCGGUGAGGGUGAGGGUUUGCAUUGAAGGUCAACCCCAGACAAAGAAGAGGGUUUUGACCCAAACCCCAUCAUCAAGGAGGAACACUUCUGGGAAAUACAGAGGUGUUAGGCAGAGAAAAUGGGGUAAAUGGGCUGCUGAGAUUCGUGACCCUUUUCAGAGUACUCGUAUAUGGCUUGGUACUUUCAACACUGCGGAAGAGGCUUCUCAAGCCUACGAGGCCAGAAGGCUUGAGUUUGAAGCCAAGGCUAAGGCACGAGCCUACAAAAAUAUUUCUGAGCCUUUGCCCACAACUUCUGAAAAGAGUAUAUGCUGUAACUCUUCUGAUGCUGCUGCUGCUGCUGCUGUGUCUGUUUCCGAGAAGUUUUCUACUACCUCUGAUGACUCAGAAGAUGUUUUGUCGCACCCAUCACCUUCUUCUGUGCUUGAGUUGGAUUCUUCAUCUUCCAGACCCAUUGACAAUGGUAGUGUUUUGAGUGAAGAAGCUUUUGAGGCUAAUGAUUUGGUUUCUGAAUUUGCUGAACUUGAAAUUCCAGAUUUGAGUCUUUUGAACUUGCCAUCACUAUUCAACAGUUCUACUGCUGCUCUUGCGUCUGGUGCCGAACCAGACUUUGGUCUUGAUUUUGAUUGGGUAUCUCUUGAGGAUUAUGGUCAGGGAUUUGACGAUUUUGGUGGCUUGGAAGAUAUUCGUAUUUGUGGAUUUGAUAACAAUGAGCCUAGUAAGCUUCCUGAUUUUGAUUUUGGCGAUUUCUGUGCUGAAGAGUUUGCUGGUUGGACCGAGGAGCCCCUCAACAUACCUUGUGCCUAAGUUUUGCAGAAGUGCAUAGGAAUAAUUUACAAUAUUUAUUAUAAGUUUUGGUGUUAUUAUGGUUAAGUUUUGUUAGUUUUUGUGAGAUCUUAGAAAUUGAAUUAGUAUCAAUUUCUGAGUGCAUAUGCUGUUAUAUUUAUUUGUUUAUGAGGGAGGAAGUAUUAGUGGAGUUAGUCUUUUAGCUUACUAAGAUGGAGAGAUAAUCUUUGGGUUUUCUUGUGCUGCUAAGAGCCGUCCAAAGAUCUCAAACCAUGAAUAUCAAGUGAAAAUUUUAAGUUAAUUCUUCGUUUAUGCUGAAGUAAUUAUUAAUUUUAUGGAAAAGUGAUACACAUAUAUGUUAAA